AUGGGCUCGCACUCGCAUCCGUCGGCUCAAGGGGCCAUGGCUCCAGUGAGCUUGUGGCAUGGUUGGUUGGCCGCCGCACAGUUGUUCACAGCUUGGGCGGCCUCGUUGCCCAGGCAAAGGGGGAAGGCUGACCGGCCAGGUGGCCGUGGCGCUCGCAGCUGCGCGCGGGAGCUUGCCAGGGCACGCUCUGCUGAACGGCCUGGGGCGAGGUGCCCUUGUGCCCGCGCCUUACCACCUCUCGCUCGCUGCCGUUUGAUCACUUUCGUUUCUCUCCCCUCACAUCUGCAACACCUGACCCUGGAGAGAAACGUCGACAAACAUCCUGCGUGCGCCGGGAAGAAGCACGAGCGGGACGAAGCUGCAAGGUUCGGCAUCUUUGCCUUGUCGUCUUUUGCCUACGAAAGUCAGUCUUUUGGUUCGUUCGCAGUCGCGCCUGCCUCGUGA